AUGGGUAAGGUCAAGCUGCUUUGUGAUUCAGAUUACACGCACACUGAUGGCGAGAUAUCCAAGCUGGAAGCGUUAUCUACUCUGACCUACAAUUUCGAUAAGAAUGAAGGACCCAAGAUGCUGGCGUGGCAGAAGACGAAGGAUGUUUUGAUGUUGAAGAAGCUCUUCGAGAAGUAUGAGGAAAGGCCUACACCGCCUGCUGUCUACAACUGGCGCAUUUACGGUACAGCCCUUAUCGCUUCUGCUGCUGCUAUAAUUAUUGGAUAUGAUGGUGGUUUUAUCGGUGGCACCGUUGCUUUAAAAUCAUUCAGAGAUGAGUUUGGGUUGAACAACAUGACUGAAGCUCACGCCGAUAAAAUCAUCUCUGACGUCAUAUCAGUCUUUCACGCCGGCUGCUUCUUUGGAGCCCUCAUUUCAUAUCCGUUCUCCUAUUACUGGGGUAGACGGAUUUCACUCAUUAUUGCUGCUGCCACCAUCACUGUUGGCUCUGCUAUCAUGUUGGCUGCUUCAUCUGAGAAUGGACUUGCUCCAAUUUACGUGGGAAGAGUGCUUGCUGGUCUUGCUGUCGGGUUCUCGACGAACUUGACUCCCGUGUAUCUUUCUGAAAUCAGUCCUCCUGCCAUCAGAGGCAGAAUCAUUGCAUUAUAUGAAAUCGGCUGGCGGGUGGGAGACUUGGUCGGUUUUUGGAUCAAUUACGGGAUCGACACACAUAUCGCAUCAAGCAAGAAACAGUGGUUAAUUCCUUUUGCUAUACAGCUUAUUCCUAGUGGAAUGUUUCUCGUGGGAAGCAUCAUCAUGAAAGAGAGUCCUAGAUGGUUGUUUUCUGUUAACAGGCAUGACAGAGCAAUCAAUAAUUUAAAAUGGUUCAGAAAUUUGAGUGAGGAUGACGAGUACAUCAUCUACGAGGUCAAUCAGGUUAAGGAGUCGAUUGAAUAUCAGCGCAACCAUGUCGGACUUGGUAUCACGGACCCCUUUAAGCAAGUGUUCCUCAGUAAAGACAGAAGAAUCCUCUAUCGUCUAUGCCUCACCUGCUUAUUGUUCCUUUUUCAAAACUUUUUGGGUAUUCAGUCCAUCAAUUAUUACUCCCCAGGAUCUUUGGAAGUUUAG